CUCCCUCUCAUUCCCCAGCAAACCCUAACAAUGGGCAGCCUCCACACCAACGACUUCCCCGCGACCGCCGAUUGCCUCCAACACCCCCUCGACCCCGAAGAAUUCCGCUGCAACGCCCACAAAGUCGUCGACUUUAUCGCCGAUUACUACACCAACUUGCCCAAAUACCCCGUUCGGAGCCAGGUUGAACCCGGCUAUCUCCGCAAACUCCUGCCGGAAUCCGCCCCAAACCAACCCGAAUCCAUCGAUAACAUCCUAGAAGAUGUGACGAGCUGUAUCAUUCCCGGCAUAACUCACUGGAUGAGUCCCAAUUACUUCGCCUACUUUCCGUCCAGCGGAAGCACUGCGGCCUUCCUCGGGGAGAUGCUGAGCUCCGGUUUUAAUGUUGUCGGAUUCAACUGGAUGUCGUCGCCGGCCGCGACGGAGCUCGAGAGUGUUGUUAUGGAUUGGCUUGCGAAGCUGCUCUGUUUGCCGUCGGAGUUUCUCUUCUCCGGCGGCGGCGGCGGCGGGGCUCAGGGGACCACCACGCUUGCGGCCGCAAGAGAUCGCGCGCUGGCGCGAGGAUGCGACAUCUCACAGCUCGUCGUGUACGCCUCCGAUCAAACACACUGCGCGCUAAAGAAAGCCGCCCAAAUCGCCGGCAUUCCCUCCAGCAACUUCCGCACCAUCAAAACCACUCUCUCCGACUCCUUCUCCCUCACCGGCGCCGCCCUCCUCCCGGCCAUCCUCUCCGACAUCUCCGCCGGACUCACCCCCCUCUACCUCUGCGCCACCGUCGGCACCACCUCCUCCACCGCCGUCGACCGUCUCCUUGAACUCGGCAAACUCACCUCCCAAUACGGCAUCUGGCUCCACAUCGACGCCGCAUACGCCGGCAGCGCCUGCAUUUGCCCUGAAUUCCGCCACUUCAUCGACGGCGUGGAGCUCGCCGAUUCCUUCAGCUUCAACGCGCACAAAUGGUUCUUCAACAAUCUCGAUUGCUGCUGCCUCUGGGUCAAAACCCCGGCCGCGCUCAUCAAAUCGCUUUCUACGAAUCCGGAGUAUUUGAGGAACAGUGCAACGGAUUCCAAACAGGUGGUGGAUUAUAAAGAUUGGCAGAUCGCGCUGAGCCGGCGGUUUAGGGCGCUGAAGAUGUGGAUGGUGUUGAGGGGGUAUGGAGCGGCGAAUCUGAGGGGGUUUCUGAGAGGGCAUGUGAGGAUCGCGAAGGUUUUUGAGGGUUUGGUGAGAUUGGAUCGGAGGUUCGAGGUGGUGGUGCCGAGGUAUUUUUCGGUGGUUUGUUUUAGGCUUUUGUGGGGGGGAGAAAGGGAGGAGGGAAAUGAGCUGAAUCGGAGGGUGUUGGAGAGCGUGAAUGAGGAGGGGAAGGUUUAUAUGACGCAUGCGGUGAUCGGAGGGGUUUAUGUGAUGAGGUUCGCCGCCGGCGGAACCUUGACGGAGGAGCGGCAUGUGAGGGAGGCUUGGGUGGUGAUUCGGGAGCACGCGGAGAGAGUGAUGGGAAAGAUGAAGGUGAUGGACGGUCAGUAUUGAGACGCGUGGAGAUCGUAUCGAUCGUUGUAACAGA